UAUUAUUGAAUAAUCAGCUACCGGGCCAUAUUCGGGCCCAACAGUUGCCCCCAGCUCUCGAAAUGAGGUUUCGUUAUUCUCGGGAGCUAGACCUAGCCGCCCAAGCUAGAUUCUCUUGUUGAGAUCAUGAUUACUAGCUAUCUCAACCGCAUUUAUUCAUAUCCGAUCGGACGGCUGUAAUCCAUCUCUAGUCGAAUCAACGGUUUUAGAUUUAAGCGAGUUUAAAUUUCAAUUUCCGACUUCCAAGACGUGAUGGGAUAUAAAGCUGAGAGAAUUAACUGCUUGUCUCUCCACUUUCUCCACGCCUCUCGACGGUUUCCAAGGUAAUUCACACCUCUCUUCUUUAUUUUACCGUUUUUUGUCGUUAUUUUUUUUUAUCCGCCUCUCGAUCAAUCUAGUUCUUCAUCUUGAACUUCUCUCUGAUAGUCUGCCUUAGACCGAUUCUAUUCUUUACUUCCUGUUUUCCCUCUCCUUCCCUAUCAUGAGUCGAAAAGAAGGUUCCGGCGAAGUUCAGAUCUCAGCCUCCGGCGCCCGUAUUAUGAAGGUCAAACAGGAAGCUGGUGAGAAGAUGGCGGAAGCCAAGAAGAAAAAGAGUAAAGACUCGAUCGGAGCAAGAGUUAAGAGGAUGAAGAAGAAAGGCGGCAAGAGCGCCUCCUCCGGUCCUCACUUCCCUUCCCUCUUGAAGGGUCAGGACGUUGUCAAUCUUGCCGUUCAGGCUCACGGCAAGAGCGAUCUAGUUAGAGCUUGUGCUGAAAACGAGAACCCCGAGACCGCUCCGGAGGGUUGGUUCUGCGUUCAUGAAAAAUAUAUCUCCAAGUGCCACCUUAGAUUUCCUCUUCCCACCCUUUUGCUGGAUCUCUUAGAUCAUUAUCAGCUAGCUCUUCCUCAGCUUUGCCCGUCGGUCAUUCGAGUGAUAAACGGGUUCAUCACUAGAGCCAAUGAGGAAGGAGUUAUCGUUGGGUUAUCUGAGUUAAUGAGUCUCUUCUCGAUAAAGGAGAGCACUUCCAAGGAUGGCGGGAGUGGUACCUACUAUCUCCCCUGUCGUCCAGGGCUAGGCAUUUUCAAGUUCUCAGCCAGUGAUGAUGACUGGCGCAGGAAGUACUUUUAUGUCAAGAUUGACCCUUCCACGGUUCCUGUAGGCCGUGACCUUAGGAACGCAUGGUCUGAUAUUUCCGGUUAGGAUUUUAGGGAUAUGCUUACAUGUUUAUUUUUGCUUGUCAUGUUGUGCUAAUCGCCUUUUGACUCUUUUUGCAGAAAUCAAAGAUCCUGUCAAGUUAUCUAGCAAACUCACCAGAGCUCUCUACAGGAAGCUACAGCAUAGCCCUAACACUUGGGUAGCUUACACUACAUCGAGAGUUGGAUCAGCUAGGUUCCCUGAACGGUACCAAGCGUCCUUCCCUGAUUCAGUGACGGUUGCUGGUUUAGAAGUUUCUGAAGGUGAUUCCAUUCUCGAAGUUUCCUCCGGAGCAAGUACUUCUUCGAAGACUCAAUCACAGAAGAUGCCAAUUCAACCUUCCUUCCGUUCCAGGGGUAGAUCGACCAAGGCUGCCAGCUCCUCUAGAGGGAGUGAUAAGAACCAAGGGGGAUCCUUCCUCGACUCUGUGAAGGAGGUUCUUGAUGAAGGAGGCUC